AUGUUUUCCAUCCGCCACAGUCAGGGCCUAUCUACGGUCCAGGUGCAAUCACUGAAUAAAACGAUGAAGGAGGAAGCGAGGAAGUACAUCGGGGAAGAGAUGGUCCUAACCAUCGCAAUGUUCGCUGCAUCAUGGCUAUCGGAACACAAUAGCAUACCCAAGAAUGUGAACCUUAAGCAACCAUCUCUGGCAGCCGAAAUGACACAGAGGGAGAGGAUGAAGGAGGAGGAGCGCCGUCGACAAGCAGAACAGGAACGAAAUCGUGAAGAAGCACAUACUUCACAUCUAAUGCACAGAAUCGAACAAGCUGUACAGCAGAAGAAAGAGAGCAUGGUUCGCAGGGAGACUGAAAGGAAGACCGCUAGCCUACAAGCCAUUUUGGAGGAUGAAGCAAGUUCCGAUCCUCGUCAGGAAGUCUUUGAUGAAGGAGUCGACCUCGGAAAAGGUGUCAUAGCAAGAGAAUUCCGACUUUCCUUGCCUCGCCAAGAUGGCGUGACCACCAUCUUCUACGCUGAGCCUGUGCUGCCCAUCGGGACAUCAUAUCCUCUCCUCGAAUUGCAUAGAACAGAGUUCGACACGCAAUACUAUGUUCAUGGCCAAGGCCAAAACAAAGUUUCGAACAUGCAUGACGAGAUCCGGCGGCUAGUGGAAAUACGCCACGAUAAUCUACUUUCUGUCUUCGCAACGAAGCUGUCCAUGAAGCACGGAGCCAUCCCAGUCCUUAGCCUUCUCGUUGAGAAGCCUCCUUCUUUGAAUUUACCUGAUCUGCUAGAUGGAUGUGAUUUUCUCCCUGUGUCCAAGUGCCGGCCCCUCGUCAUUCAAAUGGUGCAAGCAUUGGAGCAUCUUCAUGUUCAGAACCUACUUCAUCGUUCUUUGGUGCUGUCCUGUGUCUGGGCAUUCCGCACCAGCAGGGGCGACUUUUCAGUGAAAAUCGGCCGGGCCUGGUACUAUAGUCGCCUGUUGGACUUACACAGGUCCAAUAAAUUUGGCGCGACGAAACCGGAGCAAGUGAACGAUUUACCUGACCCGUGGCUUCCUCCUGAAGUGCUGCAGUCCAAGUACCAAUACUCGAAGCGGCGUGACGUUUGGUACCUUGGCGUGAUUCUGCUUCAGAUGCUCGCAGGUCCAGCAGUAAUUUCUCAGUAUGAACAACCCUCAAAUGCUAUUUCUCAACUGGAUGCACCCAUUGAUAUGCGUCGGAUCUUGAGCUCUAUGCUCGAAAGUAAUAAAAAGAAAGCGAUUAGUUUCUCAGAUCUGAUACAGAAAUUACAAUUCUGGGAAGAAUUACCGUCUUUUACAUUGGGACUCUCUUUCGAAGGGCCACGCUCCCCUUCCGCCACGAUACACGGCCGCUCACCAACUAUCGGGUUCAAGAGUCGGUUGCCACGACUUCCCGCACCAUCAAGUCGCUACCAGCAAGACUGGGAAGAGCUGGAGUUUCUCGGGAAAGGAGCGUUUGGGAGUGUUGUGAAGGCACGUUUGCGACAUGAUAGCCGGAUAUACGCUAUUAAGAAAGUCCGGCUUCUCCGUGAGAGUGACGCCAAGAUUUUGCGGGAAGUGAAUGCACUUUCUCGUAUGUCUCACAGUUCCAUCGUUCGUUAUUACACCACUUGGGUCGAACCGAUCCUGGAUGAAGAUGAUGACGGCUGUAAUUCCGAAGAUUGCAAUGACUCUUCAGAUCAAUCUCGAGGCAACGAUGGGUUUGGUUCUGACGAUGAAGACAGCGAUCCUUUCCACGUUAUCGAGCCUUCGCUUCCGGAAAUUUCAUUUGCUCGUAGUUCUACUUUUCCUAGCCUUCAAGGGAGUUCAACACAUGUGUCCGAGAAUGCUGGUGACGACGAUGACGAUGGUGCUAGUUCCGUGUCAUCAAUUGGAACACAAAGACGUGCUCGUGGUCAUAGGAGUGGAGACCGAAGUGUGGGGCAUCAACCGAUUCACAUCCCAAAGACAGAGAUGUUGUACAUUCAAAUGGCCAUCGAUGAAGGCAUACCUGAGGAACGAGUCUGGACUCUAUUUCGACAAAUUCUUGAUGCACUGGAACAUAUUGCUUCGUGGGGAAUUGUCCACCGAGACAUCAAACCUGGGAAUAUCUUCAUUGGGAUGUUUCGCAAGAGUUUUCCUAUCAGGCUUGGAAUGUUAAACGGUGGAUCCUGGAGCAUUCCGACAACGAAGAUGCUGUUGUCGGGUCCGAACUUACCUCAGGUUGGGUUCCAUUGCUUGCAAGGGAACUUCCGAGUCAGCUUAAGACACAGCUUAGGGGUAGGAACGGGGCUUUACAUUGCCCCAGAGGUACUCCACCGAAGGAAAGGACAAAACCAUUCAAAAGCUGAUAUGUACAGCCUGGGCAUCGUAUUUUUCGAGAUGAACAUGCUUCCCUUUCCUACUGGAACCGAAAGACUUCAUGUCCUUACGGACCUGCGUACCGUCAAGGUUGUGUUUCCGAAAUCAUGGCCUGCCGAGAGAGCGAAACAGCGCGCAAUCAUACAAUUGUUGUUGCAGCACAAUCCGGGCACUAGACCUUCGGCCGCUGAACUUUCCAGGCAUGAGUUGAUGCCGAAAAGGGUCGAGGAAGAGAGCAUCAAUGAGGCACUUAGGCUGUUAGUGAAUCCUGAAUCAAGGAGAUAUGAUGUCCUGUUACGAACGUUAUUCACCCAACCCGUAGACCCGGCCAAAGUGUUCUCAUACGACGCUACGACAUCCGCUCGAGAAUAUGCGCCCUUCGUACCUGUGGUGCGUGAUGCGUCGGUGGGGGUCUUUAGAUUACAUGGAGCGGUAGAAGACGAUGCUCCAUUACUAAUGCCUCUUAUCGAGAGUCAAGAGAUGGAGAAGAAUCCUGCUCCUGUUUUCUUGGAUAGACAGGGUAAUUUGGUCAUGCUUCCAAAGAGUGUGAUCGUACCUUUGGCCAGGUCUGCUGCGCUAUCGGAUUUGAAAAGGAUUAAGAGGUUUUAUUGUGGCCACGCGUACCAGGAUGCGCCGGGACAGCCGACGGCGUGGCAGCAAGCUGCAUUCGACAUCAUCUCGACGGAUGUUGACUCGCUUGCUUCGGAGGCGGAGGCGAUAUGUAUCACGGACGAGGCGCUACGUUCAAUGCCUGGGAUAGAAACUCAAUCGUAUGAUAUAUUCAUUACACAUUCUGCAUUAACGGAUGGGAUCUUUUCGCGUAUUCCGGAAGACCGGCAUCGGGAUGUGAUAGCGGUGACCGAGAACCCCAAAUGGAGCGUGGCGCAAAAGAAGGGAUCGCUCGUGGGACAAGGUGUUCCUCGGAGCGUCAUAGAUGAUAUCGAGGUCUUGUUGGAGCCGCAAACGCCCGAUGAUGCUCCGGGUCAAUAUGCCGCACGGUUGGACCGAUUGGGGAGUGGAGCACUUGACGAAUUGCGUGCGAUUACGUCGGUUGUGGUAUCCAUGGGAGUUCGGAGGAAGAUAAUGAUUCACCCUUUCCUUAUGCGUUUGCAUCCGCUUUUUGGGCAUGGAGUCAUGUUUGAAGUCCGAGGAAAGAGGGUUGUCGUUGCCCGAGGAGGAAGGUAUGAUACACUGAUAUCAAGGUUCACACCCCCUUCGACUAUCCCUCGUACGCCGAUCAAAGCUAUCGCCAUUCAACUCGUCCUGGAAACGAUUGCGCAUCUUGUCAAUUCUCAGCACAAGUCGUCAAUUGAUGCGCUCUUAAAGGACAAGGAACGAAGGUCCUUUGGGGCGUUCCCCAGGAGAUGUAAUGUCUACGUCGUUAGUUUGACGUGGGGAGUUGGAGAGACGGGUACAGGUACGGCUGGUGGUAAUGGAGGAAGUGCUAGUGGAGCGGGAGGAACGUGGGCGUUGGAGGCGAGGAUGAAGCUUGCUGCGAAGCUUUGGAGUGCUGGUAUCAGUGCUGAUUUUAUGUAUGAUGCUGAUGCUGAGAAGGGACUGGAAUAUCAUUUGGAGACGUGUUUGCGGGAGGGUAUACUGUUUCUCGUUUGGGAGACACGUCACGAACGUCCGCAUGACAUCCUCAAUGCCCUCGGUCGCGAAAUAAACGAACAAAAACGAACAGAUGCUUCUCUAAGUUUAUCGUCGUAUUCACACCCUCGUCACAAUCAUGGCCAUGGCCAUCACCAUCACCAUCAUCAACCUCUGUCACCUGACUCGGAAGGACUUGGUCAAGCGGGAAGCGGCAUUGGUGGGUUGAGUGGACCGGGUAGUGGAUCGUUGGGUGGAAUUACGGUGGUUCUUCCUGGGGAGAAGGAGGCCCAGAGGAAGAGACACAAGGCGAGGAUUGCUUACCGUGACAAAGGUUAUGUUAUUGCGUGGCGUGCUCGGCUAUCGUUUUGCAUGGUCCCCUCUCCGCUCCUGAAUUUUUGGGUUCUUUGA